AUGAUUGAACAGCUUUUAUUAUUAGUCGGCUCAAUUCAUGUUGAAGAUGUGAUUUUGAUACUGCUAGAACAAGGGAUUCCACUACUGUUAAAACAAGUCUCCCGACGAUACUCAUCAAAGAAACGACAAACCAAAAGAAUUGGAGUAGAAGAAGACAAGAUCAGUGCUCUCCCUGACGAUUUGCUCGUGAAAAUAUUGUCUCUUGUCCCAACAAAAUAUGCAGUAGCUACCAUUAUCUUAUCAAAACGAUGGAGAUACAUUUGGACGAUGGUGCCAAAGCUUGACUAUAAUAUGAACGAUGGUAUUCACAACAAAGUAGGUUUCCUCGACUUUUUAUUUGGUAAUAGUUACCAACGGUGGUUUUUACGGUUUAUUAAUGAGUCAUUACGAGUCCACAAGGCACCUGUAUUAGAAAAACUAGGUAUAGAACUCGGUCCGCGAUGCCCUGUUGAUGUAAAUGUUGACGUUGGAAAGUGGAUUGAAAAAGCUGUUGAUAAAAGGGUGCGUGAGAUAGAGUUCAUACUCAGGUGGUCUGCCGAGUAUACUAUCUUGCCUAAGAGUCUUUACACAUGCGUUUCGCUCGUUUCUUUGAGUCUUUCCGGAAAGAUUCUCGUGGAUGUUCCUUCUCUGGCUUGCCUCCCUUUCUUGGAAGAUCUUGAACUUCACUCUGUGGUGUACAAAGAUGAAGAUUCUUUUGCUAGGCUUUUAUCAAGUUGCCCUAAGCUCAAAAUUUUGAGUGUAGCACGACAUGAUCACCAAGACAACGUGAAAGAAAUCACUAUCGCUGAUUACUCGGGGGACUCUUGCUUCAUUGAGAACGAGACUCACCUUGACAAGGCAUUUAUUAGCGGUUCUUGUUACCCUGACAACAAGUUUAAGACAUGUCUUUCCUCAGUCAUAAAUCUCGAGUUAGUUUUGAACUUUGCAACGUUUACGUGGUUUAACACUAUUAACUUCUCACAGCUUCUGGAAUGUAAGAUAAGACUUGCAGAUAGUUUAGACUGGUUAGAGCCACUAUUGUUUUUGCUUCAAAACUCUCCUAAUUUAAAAAUUCUUUCCAUCGACCAGACAUUCAUUCGAUAUGCGGAGGAGUUGCCACUUUCAUGGAGCCUACGAAGUUCUGUUCCCGAGUGUUUGUCAACCCAUCUAAAGAUCUUUGAAUGGAAUGAUUAUGGAGGAAGAUACAAAGAGAAAGAAUUGGUAAGAUACAUCUUUGCCAAAUCUAACUGUUUAAAGAGAGCUGGAUUCUCCUUGAAACCAACCGGUAGAAAGAAGAAGAUGAUGGAAGAGUUAGAAACAAUGUAUAGGAUUUCGACAUCAUCCCAGCUUCUCUUCUCCACUGCAUUGGAAUAUCUGAGCGUUCAAUACGAAACGAGUGACUAG